AUGGGACGUAUUUGGAGGGACGGACACAUACUGCUGAAAUUAAAGCUGUCAUUAAAUACUAUACCUUUUGGUCUUCGGUUCAUUGGUGUACGGUAUCGGCCCACGGAUGCCAAGCUAUGCCGCGCAAGGGCGACACUGUUUUGCUUUUCGUAUAUUGCACUGGGCAUGUUCCUGCUAAUCCACGAUUUUGGAACCCUAAUGAAAGACUUUGAAGUAUCCGUCACGUCUACCGGUAUUAAAUUGGUCAUGUGGAAUUCGCAGACGAUUAUUUGUCAACUCUUUAUCCACGUCUGGCAACGUACUGAUGCCUUCAAAGCAAUUCUAGAUAGGUUUCAAGAAGCCGAAAUGGUGUCCACAACUUUUCGAAAGCAAAGAAAUCGAAGCCAACAAGUCGCGAAGUUUUUCUACACGCUAAUGGCCAGUCUGGUACCGUUCUAUAUUGUCAGCAGCGCUGCCAUACGCUCUUACGGAUAUCUGAUGAGUUAUUCGGGGACAAGGACGGAGCUCUUCAACGUGCAUAUAAACAUCGCGCGUGCGUUUGCGAAUUAUUUAAACGGCACUACUUUGAUGGUGGCUGUUCAUUUCUUCUCAACUUUUGUUCGUGGGCUUUACUGGGAGGCAAAAGCUUUUAAUCAAGACUUAAAAGAGCUAAAACCCUCAGACCCCUCAAAAAUGUGCAUGGAGCUUGAGAGACUACUCAUAAAACACACCCAACUCGCCCGUACCGUCCGCUGCGUUGAUAAGGUAUUUUCGCAAUUCGCCUUCCUAAUGCUGUGUGCCAACGUGCCGACGCUUAUGUUCCGGCUGAUCCGGCUGAUGACGAGGAAUCAUUGGGCUGAGAUCCUGGAUGCCAUCCCGUCCGUCACGAUCUUUGUGUACAUCUACCUAGGGCUUACGGUAGCCCCAACACAAAUGAGGAGCGAGCUAGCUAAAUCCACGAUCAUCCUCUGCGGGAAUAAGGAUAUUUGGGCACCGUACGACGCGGAGGUCAAUCGACUAGCGAGGACCCUAACUCUACACUUUGACCAACCGGACCUUGGAAUUAGCCUCUGGGGCUUUGCCAUCGUGUCGAAGCCGUUGAUUUUGACGACCUUCUCGGUGAUGCUGACCCUGCUCGCCUUCUUCCUCGAGUUCAAAAACAGCAACAACGCGAUGAGAAGCACCAAUUUUGGAGCA